AUGGUCAUAGGCCAAUCGGGAACGGGACGGUCAACAUUCAUCAAUUCCCUCUGUGAUCAAUUAAUUGUGGAACCUUCUUCUACUGUGAAGUUGUAUUCUCCUGAAGAGUUGGGUAAUCCGGACAGAGAGCUACAGCUAAGAAAAUCAACGGUCGAACUUGAAGAUGAAGAAGGGGUGAGGAUUAACUUGAAUUUGAUAGACACCCCCGGAUUUGGUGACUCUAUUAAUAAUGACUCUUCAUUUCAGGUUAUCAAAGAUUACAUCAAGUACCAAUUUGAUGAAAUUUUAAUCGAGGAAUCAAAAUUGAGGAGGAAUCCUAGGUUCAAGGACAAUCGUGUGCAUGUUUGUCUAUACUUCAUAGUUCCAACGGGUCACGGUUUAAGAGAAAUUGAUGUGAGAGUUAUUCGUUCUCUUGGAAGCUUUGUUAACAUUUUACCAUGUAUUAGCAAAUCCGAUUCUCUCACGAUGGACGAAUUAAAAUUAAACAAAAGGCUUAUCAAAGAAGAUAUUGAUCAUUAUAACCUUCCGGUGUUUGAUUUUACAAACAGCUAUUUUAACAUGGAGGAUACUUUAGAUGAUGAAUCAAUCGAAUUGAACAAAUAUCUUCAAAAGACAAUGCCAUUUGCCAUUAUGGGAUCGAAUGCUACCGUGAAAGAUAAGGAAACGGGGGAAAUGAAAAGAGUGAGAAAGUAUCCAUGGGGUGCUGUUGAUAUUUUUGAUAAUGAAAUAAGUGAUGUUCUAACUUUAAAGACGACUCUGUUGGUAACACAUUUGGAUGACUUCAAGGACUAUACACAUGAAGUUUUGUACGAAAAUUAUAGAGCUAGAACAUUGAGCGAGGUUGAAAACGGUGAAGGAAACGGAAGUGCCAACGCUAAUGCAGGUACAAGUAUUGCCAGCGAUAUUAAUAGGGCUGCAGAAAUCACUAGAAGAAGAAUGGCUUCCAGUAAAAUCUCAGGGUCUUUGGCUGUGAGCCAUACUGAUUUGAAUAGUGACAUCAAUAAAUCAUCGAUUGCUACUGAAUUGAAAGAGGACGAGCAUUCUGUGUGUACGUCCGAGAUGGAUCCUAAGGAAGAGCAGAUUAAAUUAGAGGAGGAAAGAUUGAAAGCAUUCGAACAAAGGGUGCAAAGAGAUUUACUAUUGAAAAGGAAGGAAAUUGAAGAUAGAGAAAGAGAAUUGGCAGAAAUUGAAAAAAGAUUGGCAUCACAGGAAUUAACUGAUUGA